AUGUCAUCAUCCUCCACAUCCCCCUCCACCCGCUGGCUCGCCAUUCAAACCCGCGACCCAAGAUACACCAGCACCUUCGUGUACGCCGUCCUCACCACAAAAAUCUACUGCCGCCCAACCUGUCCCGCGCGUCUCGCUCGCCGAGCCAACGUCCGCUUCUACGAUACAGCCUCGCAGGCCGAGCGUGCAGGGUUUCGCCCCUGUAAGCGCUGCAAACCCGAGAUUGUCAUUGACAAUAGCAACAACAACAACAACAACAACAAUAACAACAAUUUGUUUGGGGCGGACCAUAACACUACUCAAAGUAGUGUGAAUGGUGGUGGUACAACUAUUUUCCAUCCGCAGAUCCACUCAGUCCAGAGAGCUUGUCAGACAAUCCGGGCUUCUGUGCAAGCGGGCUCGAAACCGACGUUGCGGAUGCUGGCGGCGGAGGCGGGACUGACGCCGAGUCAUUUCCAUAGGGUGUUUAAGAGGGUCGUGGGCGUUACGGUGGGGAGGUAUGUGGGUGAUAUUGUUAUGAGGACGAAGGGGAUGGGUUGUGACGGGGAGGUGGAGGUGUUGGAGGGAGCGUGUAGGGAUUGGGUUGGGGGUGUGGGUGAUGGAUGUGGUGGUGAUGGAUGUGGUGGUGAUGGAUGUGGUGGUGAUGGAUGUGGUGGUGAUGGAUGUGGUGGUGAUGGAAAUGGGGCUGGGGCUGUUUUGUGGAAUGACUUUGAUGUUUUGUUAGCCGCUGAGGGGGAGGAUAGGUUCGUUGCGACCACUACUACUGUUGCUAUGCAGGAUGUACAACCGGUGCAGGAUCAUGAGGAACUUCUGGCUUGGCGUGCAGUGGGUUCUUACGGCGUUGGCGUUGGGGGAGGGUGUUCGGUUGAUGAAACGCUUGCAUUGGGCGAUAUAUGA